AUGUAUGGGUGUGUAGUGGAGGAUGUUUUAACUGCAUUUACAAUACAUUGCAGAGGCUGGAAAUCUGCUUACUGCACUCCACAAAGAAACGCCUUUCAGGGGCGUGCACCUCUUAAUUUGAACGAUACCCUGAUUCAACAUAAGAGAUUGACCGCAGGUCUAUUUGAAAUUUUUGUGAGUAAGUUCUGCCCAUUUGUGUAUGGGAUUGGUCGUGUUAGUAUAACACUCAGAAUGUGUUAUGGCUAUUACUGUUUAUGGGCUAUGUCCUGCCUGCAUAUACUCUCUUAUGGCUUGGUUCCGGCCCUAUCUACCCUCUGCGCCAUAUCAGUAUUCCCUCAGAUUUCAAGUCCAUGGUUUCUGCUCUUUGGGUUUCUAUCACUCUCUGCAUAUGCAUACAAUAUAGUUGAAUUUGUGAUGGCUGGAGGUUCAGUGAAGAGUUGGUGGAACGAGCAUAGGAUGUGGGCAAUAAAGGGGACCUCAUCGUAUCCAUUUGCAUUAAUUCAAGGGCUCUGCAAAUUGAUGGGUAUUUCUGAAGUGGGUUUUGAGGUGACAAGCAAAGUGUUAGACAGUGAAGCAGCCAAAAGAUACAAGGAAGAAAUCUUUGAAUUUGGAGUGGCCUCAGUAAUGUUUAUUCCUCCUGCAACUAUCACAAUUAUCAACUUCAUAUCACUGUUGAGUGGAAUGACACAAUUUGUAAGGGGUGGGUAUCCAGCAGUUGAGGGUAUGUUUGUGCAGCUCAUGUUAUCAAGUUUUAUAGUGAUGAAUGGAUUUCCUAUAUUGGAGGGAAUGUUUAUGAGGACAGACAAAGGACGGAUGCCUACUUCAAUUACAAUGUUCUCCAUUAUGGUGGCGGCGGUUGCAUGUUCUGUGGCAUUACAAAUUACUCUCUACUGA